AUGGGUAGAGGAAUAGAAUUAGUCGAGGUCGUCGCUGCAAAAGCUGGCAAUGGCGACCAAGCCGGUUCCAAGACGGCACCUCACACGAGCAUCCAGUGCCUCGGCGACGACCAUAAUGGCAUUAAUAGCCCGCACGCCACAUCGUUUCCCAACGCCAACGGUCCGGAUCUAGAAGACUGUCAUGAGAAAAAGCAGGGUGGGAAAGUGGGCUGGAAGCCGGGCGUUCCAGAAUGCCUCUUUAUGACUUGUAUUUGCAUCUUAGUGAUGAUGGAUGCGUUUAACGCCAUGGUGGUCAUUCCGCUGGUUCCUGAUUUGGCCAAUAGUCUAGGACAGCCCCUCGAAAAUGCCCUAUGGAUCAAUACUUCCUACUUCCUCGCCAAUGCGGCAAGCCAAACCAUCUCGUCCAUGUUGGCCGAGGUAUUCGGACACGGGCCAGUUCUUCUCUCCGCGGUGGUUCUCGCAACAAUCGGAACGGGUGUCUGCGGUGGAUCGUUGAACUUGGCAGGUUUAAUCGCCGGUCGAUCACUCCAGGGAACAGGUGGCGGCGGGAUUUUGGCUGCUUCGUUCCUGAUUAUCUCGAACCUGAUACCCAAGUAUCAUCAGCUGGAGUUUUCGAAUUACGUUUUUCGCGCGCAGGUGACGGGCUCGAUCCUUGGUGCCAUUCUGGGUGGACUUUUUGGUGACUAUGCAACAACGAUAUGGCUGUUCUAUUCCAGUUUCGUCUUCUGUGCACUAGGCAUGCUGGUCGUCCCUUUUGCCGUGGACCUGCGAGGAUGCGGACAGGGAAAGACCGGCUAUAUAUGCAAACUGCGCCGGACUGACUGGCUGGGUACCCUGCUCAUCCUGCUCGGCGUCGGAUGUCUAUUAAUUGGAAUCAGUUGGGGUGGCACUCGCUUUUCAUGGGAUGCGGCAGCCACAUUGGUGCCGAUAUGCGUGGGCAUAAGCCUACUUCUCGUCUUGGUCGUCUACGAGCGGUUCUGGACAGUGCAUCCAUUUUUCAGCUCUGCCAUGUUCAAAUCGCUCUCCACGACCAUGAUACACAUAAGUGGGUUUAUCCACGGAAUCAUCAUAUCAAGCCACCUCCACUUUCUCCCCCUCUACCUCACCUUCGUCAAAUACCUCCCCCACGCCCUCACCGGUCUAGGCCUCGUAGCCAUUGUCGCACUCGCCCUCCCGUUCCUCAUCCUCCUCCAAAAACUACGUUUCCUCUCUCACCAACCAAACCUUAACCCCUGGAUCCUCCGCCUAGGCUGGACCCUCGCCACCAUCUCUACCGGAUGUCUCAUAAUCCUGGACUUCCACACCCCCACGCCCGCCUGGAUCAUCCUCUUCCUCAUCUGCGGCCUCUCCCACGCGCUCCUCACCCCCUCUUUCAUCCGCUGCAUGUUCACCCGCCCCUUCGACCCCGACAGCGACUCCGACUCCGACUCCGACACAGAUCCCGUCCCGAAGGGAUACUCCAAGCGCAAGAUCCCGCCGGUAUUACUACACUCGAUCCUAAGGACAUGGGGGAUGUGCAUAGCCAUUCCCAUUAGCGGGACGAUCAUGCUCAACCAGCUGUUUUGGGACGUGGAGCGGCGGUUCCCGUUUCCCGGGGAGAUCUCGUAUUUGGUUGAGUUUGGGGCGUUGAUGCCGGGCGGGGAGAGGGAUGAUUACGUCGAUGGGUUUAGGGUUCUUUGGCCAGUUUGUACGGGUGUUGCGGCGUUGGGGGCUGUUUUGGGUGGUGUUUGGGGGAGGGUGAGGUAG